UGCUUGACGCCCACCUCCUCCAUCAAGACGAGUGAGCAAGCAAAAAGCAAAUAUCUUUUUGUGCCUUUGUCGUAACACAAUCUCAAAAGCUUCACAGCCAAAUUAACGAUGGCCCGUCACCAGCACCCAAUCGAUGGUCCCGCCGACUACCCCGUUGCAGACAAACGCGAGCAAACUGGUCUUCUCACGCGCUUCGUGCCCGACAGAUUGAAGACGACGGCCUUGUACCGCUGGCUCUUGCGCCUCACCCGCCUCCUACAGUUCAUCUCGUCCGUAGUUUCUCUCGGCAUUUUCAGUCAGCGCCUGUACAAAGUCUACCGACUAGUCAACAGCAUCAAAACUCGACGUGGCGUCAACGGCGCAUACGGUGCUGUCGAAGGCAUCCUCGCCGCCGCUGUGCUGUACACGCUCCUCACUGUGCUUCUCUCGUGCAUCAAGAAGUCUGCCAACCCUGGAGGAAGGAAGCUACGAUGGCUCUGGGUUCUCCUCGAUCUACUUUUCGUCGGAGCGUUCAUUGCAGUCGCAGUGCUGACCCGUCCAAACGGCGGCCGCGCUGGCGCCAAACACUGCUAUAACCCUAGGCGUCUAAUCGGCGUUAAUAGCUCGAGUACUAUCACCGGCGAGACGGCGAAUAGACGCGACGAUUCUUGCAACCUACCUUGGGGCACAUUCAUAUUAGCUAUCAUUAGCACGUUUCUUCACGCACUCACUGCCGCAUUCCACGAGAUCAAGGAUUAUCGUCGCAGUAACAGGCUUGACCACGAGAAGAACCUCCAGAAUCAGUACGCCACUGGACAGCCUGGUGCGCCCGAUGGUGCGCCCGCCAGUUCGCAUACUGCUCGUUAUUAAGUGUGUGACGGGAAUGAUCUAAAACGUGCAAACGUAGCAAUGAAGGAAAAGCAUAGGCGUUCGAGUUCUUUAUGAUAUACUUAGUAAUGGUAAACUCAUAAGUAAUAGUUAAUAAGGGAGAAUAUCCACGUAUAAUACACAUCUUUGAAAUUCCACAAUUAACCUGCA